AUCAGCCCCAGACCAUCAACCCCUCCUUGCUGGAUCGGUCCGCUGACCAGUCAGUACGACGAAAGCUGUUCCCUGAUGCCAAGUCGAAGCUACAGGUGCCCUCUCGGGGUGGCCUGGCUCAGAUGCCGGAUACGAAACCCAAGAGAAACAUGGACGUGUUAUCCCGGGCACGCGAUAUGAGCAAGAAGAUAUGGUCACUCGAUAAGCUUCAGCGCAUGCUAUCUAUGCUCCUGGAACCCGACCUGAAUGUCAGUGCUGCCAUAGCCUAUGGUUCAAGGACUACCUCAGUACAGACCAGCCACACCCAUGUCAAGCCUGCAGAUGAGCGAAGUCUGCUUCAGCUCCUGCAUAACGAGCGUGUACAUGGUCCUUCUGACAGAGAUCCCACUGUUGUCACCAAGGAACUGCACUAUUUCAGGGGCCCGUACAUCUAUAUUUAUGAUUUUGAGGAGAAGCAGAAGCCCAUCAUGGUCAGGGAGUACACCAGAGUGCAAGAAAAGAAUGAGGGAGACUGGCCGCAGUUUCGCACGGCUCCACUAGGUCGGUGCCCGUUCAUCGAAGACUAUGAUCAUCGGGAGGUCAUCAGGCCCAAAAAGAAGGAGACGGUCAAGCCGCCUGUCGCAGCAAAGCCCGUCUUGCAGCCUCCCGAGGCGCAACCCGCCAAGCCAGUGACUGGCAAACGCUCCCUUUCCGAGAUGGAAAGUGCGCACAACCGGGGAUCCAGCGUUAGCGUCGCGUCGACCGAGUUCGUUAUGCCAAAGCCUAAUGCAGGAAAGAAGUUUGACUUUCGUCCUAAUGCGUUCACGAGCCGCGCCGGCACGGGUAGACUUUUUGGUGGCGAGCCUGUUGCUUCGGGUGUCCAGCCUUCCAACGUAACCUCGGCCAUCCGAUCUCAGAUGAUCUCAUCAACGGCUGCCACACCUGGUGCGAUUGGCGUGGUCAGCAAGGAGGUCCAUGGCCUGCAGAGAAAGGUUCUUCAGCGUAAUAGCUCGCACGAACUGAGCUCACGCAGGGCCCUGGGAAGCGUGGAGACCAGCUUCAAGGACGACAGCGAGCCAAAACGAUCUGCGCUCAGCCGCACAUCAAGCCGGAAACUAGAGUUGAUCGACGAACAAGACCGUGUCAACGAGAACGGCGAGGAGAAAGUCGCAAAGGCUACCGCAGUCGUUGAGAAGCGCGUAGUCAAGCCGCGUAAGAGGGACCCCAAACCCGGAUACUGCGAGAACUGCCAGGAUAAGUUUGAUGACUUUGAUGAUGUGAGUAUCCAAUGGAACAAUGCGAAGGCAACGUGGAGCAUAGCUGACCGUCUACCAGCACAUUUUAUCACGAAAGCACCGCAAAUUUGCGGAUAAUAAUGAUAACUGGGGCGACCUGGAUGAUCUCCUUUCUCAACUCUCCCGGGAGCCGAAACACAAGCACUAUAGUACCUGGGCCCCGACCUUACCAGAGUAUCCUGUUUACUAGACAGACUCGAGUCAAGUCUUAAGGCAACUUCCACCACGUAACAACCGGAAUGAAACUUUCGAAACUUUCGAAACCAUCGAUGGCAUUUUCCUUUCUCUUGGCAUUGCAUGUCGCGGUGAUACCCUCUACUUUCUCUUC